CGUCGCAAUUGCAUAUUACCUAGAAAUCAAAAAGUACUUAUCCACGUACUACACACGUCAGUAUUGUGUAUCGAUGAUCUCUAUUCUUGGUCUACAGUCACCGCAUGAUUCGUCACCGGAGUCAAGUCAUUGAAGUUACGGCUUUUGUGCUCCUCGGAAGAACGUCGAAAUAAAUUAUGACCGAAUCAUCUCUUGUAUACAGAAACGAAGUGCGUUUUUUUGAAAAGCCAAAGAACCUCGCCCAACAUGGUUGAGCCUGCCUACGUUAAUUGGAAAAAGGUGUACGACACCAUGUAUUUCCGGACCUCUUACGACCGCGCGAUGGGUACCGAGCCGCGGUUCUACGGGGAGCCUGUGAUCGGUCACAUGCAGGCAAAGGUUGCGGCCACGCGACGAACCCACUUUGCGAAGGUACUACAGGCGUUGUAACUUCUUGGCUACAAUGACGAGCAUGCGGAUCAUCUGUAAGUAAGGAUGAAGUUGCUGCCUUGUCAUGCAUGCACAAAUAAUUUUAAUUAUAAUAAACCAUCAACGUUAAAAAUCCACUGUCUACUCACAAUCAACCGCAUAGUAAGUACCCAACGAACAUCAUCAGCAUCAAACAUUAUUACUAUCAGAAGCAAUUUUUCCCGAAGUGCCACUCGUUUCCGAAGUUCUGCACGUGGCGUGACGUCGACGAGGCGCGAGCGAAGAAGCAGCCGCAGCCACAGUAUUUCGGCACGGACAACGUGAUUCUCACGAAAGCAAACUACGAGCCGUCGUACGGCCACGCACGGCUGCCAAAGGGCUUCUUCACGAGCAAGUCCGCCUUCAACUUGUACCCGAAUCCGAAGUAAGACAGGAAGUGCAUACAUGGAAGACGAAGAGGAGGAGAAGUUGAAGGACUCAGAGAAAGAAGAAGGAGGUUACUUAGCGUAGGUGGACCUGAGAAGAUGUAAGAAAGGUUCUUGGUGGAUGAGCAGAAGAUGAUGACGUGAGUAAGAAUAGGCUGUAUUGUACAGAUCGAGCUGUUGUAUAUUUUCUUGAAUCUGCUACGUAUGUAAGUAUGCGUGUCCAUGCACAUGCUCAUGCUGUUGAUUGAUGCAAAACUCUUACACUGGUUCACUUAAUAACUCGUGAUUCAUGACACUCACCAUGAAAACUGCUGUCCCCUUUUGCAGUUGUAGUUGUUGUCAUACUUUCUACAGCCACGCUUUGAUAAUUCCAAAAUGAAAACAAAAAGAGAUAAAAGAGCUUGAGAUCCUCGGGCUUCUUCUUGUUUGACGAUACAAGAAUGUUGAUGCUCAUGCUGUGUACUACCUUUGCAACUUUUGAAGACCACGCUUUUGUGCAUGUGGACAGAACGUUACCGUUGAGCUGUAC